AUGGUUAACCGCCGCUGUCGGUGGCAUUUUGAACGAAGAUGUGUUUGUUUAACAAGCCUUUUUUUUGUUGGUUUUUUAUUAACUGUUUUCCACACUGAUUUUUUAUUAUUUUUACCAGGUCAAUCUAUGGAAAGAAAUAAUGCAAAAUAUUAUGCUCCUGGAAAACUGAAAUCAUUGAAUUCUUCGAAAGUAAAACUAUUGGAUGUUUCCGAUAUAAACUCACUGAAUUCUUUAGAAGUAGAACACAGUUAUACUUAUGAAAAUUUUACUCAAUGGAAUCUAUCAUUAUGUAGUAUUCAAUCAGAUCGUCGUGGACCAAAUCAAAAAGUUAUUGGUAUUUCAAUUUAUGGAUCAUCAUCAAACUAUACUGAUAAUGCAAUGUAUGCAUGGGAAACAUCUAUAGUUUCAUUUUUAAUACCACUUGCUAAUGAAGUUAAAACACUUCUUCCAUCAUGGAUUAUUCGUCUCUAUAUUGAUUUUACUGGUAGUACAAAAUCUCAACAAGAAUUUCUUUAUAAUUUUUCAAA